CUGACGUGGAGCCCUCACCCCUUUUGAUCCUCCUACCACCACGACCAUCCGAGCAGGCCAUUAGCAUCCCGGAUUUCCCAGUGCCCAUACGACACGAGUGGCUCAAACUAACCCACCACAAAUCCAAAACCCUAAUUCCCAAAUUUGUUUUUUGAAUUUCCAGAUAAAAAAAACCCUACUUGAUUUCUGUGCUCGUUGCUGAAGAAAGAGCUAUGUGGGGUGGUGGUGGUGGAGGUGGGGGAGAUAUCUAUUGGGGAAGAAAGGAGGAAGCUGAGUCCAAAGGAAUCGCGGUGAUCUUCGCUUGGUCUUCGAUUCAGGAGCGGAUCUUGAAGAGCUACGUCGACUUGUACGCGUCACUCGGAUGGAAUUGCCUCGUGUCUCAUGCCGAUUUUCUCAGCGCAUUUUAUCCUCAGAGGGCCUUCUCAUUGGCAUUUGUUGUUCUCAACGAGCUUGUUGAGGAGCUAAGGAUUAGGCCAUGUCCUGUGGUCUUUGUAGCUUUUUCUGGUGGUCCAAAGGCUUGCAUGUACAAGCUUUUUCAGAUUAUCGACGGAACAUGUGGUGGUGACCUGUAUGCGGGCGAAUAUCAGUUGGUCAGAAAUUGUGUUUCUGGGCACAUCUAUGAUUCUAGUCCAGUAGAUUUUACCAGUGAUUUGGGUACUCGAUUCACACUACACCCCUCCAUUCUCAAAAUGCCUGGAUCAUCGAAACUUGUUUCUUGGGUGGCGAAAGGUGUUGCUUCUGGUCUGGAUGCAUUAUAUCUCACUAGGUUCGAAUCCCAACGUGUUGAGUAUUGGCAGGCUUUGUACUCCUCUGUUAACUUGGGUGCUCCUUUUCUCAUUAUAUGCUCAGAAAAGGAUGACCUUGCACCGUACGAUAUUAUCUGCAAUUUCGCUCAACGUUUACAAGAUCUUGGGGGGGAUGUUAAGCUUGUGAAAUUGAAUGGCACCCCUCACAUAGGUCAUUACAAGCAUUAUCCAAUCCAAUAUAGGGCUGCUGUGACCAAUUUGCUUGACAAGACAGCUUCAGUUUUUUACCAAAAAAUUCGACUACUUGGAGAAAGAACUAGCAUGGAGGGCAUGCAUGAUGAGAUAUCUGAGCUAAUCUGUGACCUCCAGAAUGCAGCAGUUAACUCGAACCAGAGCCUAAGAAGAGUCGCACAGGGGCCAAGCGACCACUUCUUCUUGCCAAGUUCAGCAGAGUAUCAGAGUGGUAGAGAUUCUACGACUCUACAAGAUGAACAGAAAGAAAGAUCAAUUUAUUUGCCUAACUCCUCAAGCAUCAAUGCAAAUAGCGUACUCGGCCAAAUCCUCUUCGAUGUUUGUGUUCCCAAGAACGUUGAAGGUUGGGAUAUUAAAUUUGGUGGCUCUCUCAAUGGGCAGCCAUUUGCUUCUGCUCGUAGGAAUUCACCUUUUCAUGGUAUUAAAUGUAUUCGUCGGUCAAAACUAUAACAUCUCCAAGUGGCUUAGACUUUUAGAAAACUCUGCUAUACGUUUGCAUGAAUUAUUCAGCAGCUUCUAAGAGGUUACAAGUGAAUCAAACUCCUGCAAGUUGCUUAAAUUAGUAAGUGGACUUGAGUUCUCUUCGACAUCCUGUGGAACAGCUGAAAUAGUUUCCAUGACUUAAAGCUAACGUUAAUCCUCUGGCAUGAAGAUCAUACAUCUACGGAGAAGUUUAUGUUCUUUACGAUCUCCUAUCCACCCGUUCAACGUUCAAUACGCCAUGUAUGUGUGCAGAUAAAGAUCAUAUAUGUAUACAAUGAGGUGUAUGUUGUUAUCUAUCUGGCAGUGCAAUAAGCUAUGUAAAUGUACGAGCGUUCAGCUGAUACUGGGAGAUGGCUACUAUCAACCAGAAGUGGGGGCUUAUGAGAACUAAAUCGUUGCGGAUGGGGUAAGGAGUUGGUUGAAUAAGUUGGUGUAUAGUUUUCUUUCUUCUUUUGUGAUAAGAUAGUGUAUAGUAAUCUCUAUAAAGGUCGGUUUUGACCGUGGCUGUAGUUCGAGUAUCAACAACAGAUGAGCGAGCUGCUAAUGAUCAUGCAUGAGGCUGGAGAAUUGUACCUUGUAAAUAAGAGGAAGAGUUGAUAGUGAUAUGGUUUCAUCUUUUGUUUGCUCCUUUUUUUAAUUAUGUAAGGAGAAGGACAAUCUUGUAAAUUUGAUAUCUAAUAUCAUAUGUAUUUUUGAUGAGUA